AUGGUAAGACCAGAGAGCUAUGGAAAUAAAAUAUACUAUACUGAUGAUGUAGCAGAAAAGUACAACAGCAGUACCAGUUUGAAUAAUAUACAAAGCAAACUAACCCAGAAGUGUUUAGAGAUAUUAGGAAAUCCAACAGAUUCUCUUAUUCUGGAUAUAGGCUGUGGAAGUGGUAUAAGCACGGAGAAUAUUCUUGAUAAUAGCAAUUACACUGUUGGUAUUGAUAUAAGUACCGAUAUGUUGGUACUAGCCAAGCAAAGGGUAGAAGGGAUUAUGUACGCAGAACAGCCAGCGUCUGACUAUUGCGACUUUGCAGCUGUUGAUAUUGGAGAGGGGCUUCCCUUUAAAAGUGCAUCAUUUGACUAUGCCAUUAGCGUAAGUGUUCUUCAGUGGCUUGCUGUGCAGAAAGACUCUAAAAAACUCUUAAAUGCAUUUUUCUAUACACUUUAUGAUGUAUUAAAAACAAAAGGGAUGGCUGUUCUGCAGUACUACCCAGAGUCAGAGAAGCAGAUGGAGUCUAUUAUUAAGUGUGCUUCAAAGUACGGAUUUGCAGGAGGAACACUUGUUGAGAACCAAGACAGUAAAAAGAAAAGAAAAACCUAUCUUAUUCUUGAGAUGGCAGGAGCAAAAGGAAGUUCUGUGCACAUAAAAGAAAAAAAGAAAACCUCCACAUUUAAAAAGCCAGUGGCAAACAAAGACCUUUCCUACCGAGAUUGGAUCAUCAGAAAGAAAAAUAAAAGAGAGAGCAAGGGCCUGGCUGUUCCUAGAACAUCAAAGUACACAGGUAGAAGAAGAGGAUAAUUCCGAAAUCUUCAGUUAUAUAAUAACACUAAAUAUAAAGACAAUAGACAUACUAUAUUCAUGUUAAAACAGUAUAAUACUAUGAAUAUCCCGAAAUAGCUUAAAAUUACAAAUUUUAUUUUGGAAUAUUACCGAGUUACAGUGUACUAAAAAUGAAAAUAACUAAAAAC